UUUUUUUGUGUGCCGUACCCUCAAGCCGGAAGUUGUUGGUAUCCAUCAAAUAUUUCAUACGUAGCUAACUAACUGAAUUGAUGAUUUAUCGCCCAUCUAAUUGGGGUGCAUUUAUAACUAAUGCCUUCCCCAAAGAGUCAUAAAUGAAGAAAUUGGUGCCUCACAAGACCUAAUACUAGUAACGACGUUAUUCCCGCCGGCGGGUUGCCAUGGCUACUAGGAUGAAGUUAAAACUGAAGACUGUGUUUGUCCUCUACUUCAUGGUCUCACUUAUGGGCCUCAUCUACGCUCUCAUGCAGCUUGGCCAGCGCUGUGACUGUGCAGAGCAUGACAUGCCCAAGGACCGUACUAUCUCUCGUCUGCGGGGGGAACUGCAUCGGCUGCAGGAGCAGAUGAGGAAGGCUGAGCCCACCAAACUCCCCCAUAAACUAGCAGUGAAACCGGCCCAACCCACCAUCUACAUCAUCACACCAACCUACACCAGGUUUGUCCAGAAAGCAGAGUUAACCCGGCUUGCCCAGACGUUCCUCCAUGUCCCUCAGCUCCACUGGAUCCUGGUGGAAGACUCUCCCCAUAAAACUCCUCUGGUCUCUGGGUUCCUGGCCUCCAGCGGCCUGGCCUACACACACCUCCACACCCCCACACCACGCGACCGCAAACUACAGGAGGGUGACCCUAGCUGGUUGAAACCCCGCGGGGCGGAGCAGAGAAACGAGGGGCUGCGGUGGCUGAGAGAGGACAGGAGGGGGCAGCCUGGAGCAGACACACAGCUGGGGGUGGUCUACUUCGCUGACGAUGACAACACAUACAGCCUACAGCUCUUUGAGGAGAUGCGUGGUACCCAGCGUGUGUCUGUGUGGCCAGUCGGCCUGGUGGGAGGGAUGAGAUAUGAGAGACCUGUGGUCGAGGGGGGGAAGGUUGUACGCUUCCAUACUGGCUGGCGCCCCAGCCGCCCCUUCCCAUUGGACAUGGCUGGCUUCGCCGUGUCGCUCAAGCUGGUGAUAGCCAAUCAGGACGCAUGUUUUGACGGCGACGCACCGAUGGGGUUCUUGGAAAGCAGCUUCCUGCAGGGAUUGGUUACCAUGGACGAACUGGAACCUAAGGCGGAGAAUUGUACAAAGGUGUUGGUGUGGCACACGCGGACAGAGAAGCCCAAGAUGAAACGAGAGGAAGCGCUUCAGAAACAAGGCCUGGGGUCUGAUACUGCUGUAGAGGUGUGAGGACAACACACACACACACACACACACACCUACAACUACACACACCCACUACAUCUGCUUUAAAACUUUCCAUGCGUCUGAAAAAGGCUCCCUGUAUAGUGCAAUACUUUUGUCCAGAGCCCUAUGGGUCUCUAGCUGUAAGGGUACACUUAAUGGGUCUCUAGCUGUAAGGGUUCACUUAAUGGGUCUCUAGCUGUACGGGUUCACUUAAUGGGUCUCUAGCUGUACGGGUUCACUUAAUGGGUCUCUAGCUGUACGGGUUCACUUAAUGGGUCUCUAGCUGUAAGGGUACACUUAAUGGGUCUCUAGCUGUACGGGUACACUUAAUGGGUCUCUAGCUGUACGGGUUCACUUAAUGGGUCUCUAGCUGUACGGGUUCACUUAAUGGGUCUCUAGCUGUAAGGGUACACUUAAUGGGUCUCUAGCUGUACGGGUUCACUUAAUGGGUCUCUAGCUGUAAGGGUACACUUAAUGGGUCUCUAGCUGUAAGGGUUCACUUAAUGGGUCUCUAGCUGUACGGGUUCACUUAAUGGGUCUCUAGCUGUACGGGUUCACUUAAUGGGUCUCUAGCUGUAAGGGUACACUUAAUGGGUCUCUAGCUGUAAGGGUUCACUUAAUGGGUCUCUAGCUGUACGGGUUCACUUAAUGGGUCUCUAGCUGUACGGGUUCACUUAAUGGGUCUCUAGCUGUACGGGUUCACUUAAUGGGUCCCUUUUUUUCAAUUUUAGCCUAAAAUGACAUACCCAAAUCUAACUGCCUGUAACUCAGGCCCUGAAGCAAGGAUAUGCAUUUUCUUGGUACCAUUUGAAAGGAAACACUUUGAAGUUUGUAGGAAUGUAGGAGAAUAUAACACAUUAGAUCUGGUAAAA